AUGCAAACUGAAUUUUUGAAGAAUGUUGAGGUUACCCGUUUCAACGGUCAAAAUGUUGUUCAGUCGAGAAGAGUGGAACGAAUGAAAAGCCAGGCUUAUGUUUCUCAAUUUUCAGCUGAUGGUUCUCUUUUUGUUGCUGGAUUUCAGGAAAGCCACAUUAGGAUAUAUAAUGUGAACAGGGGAUGGAAAGUUCAGAAGGACAUUCUAACAAAAAGCUUGAGAUGGACCAUUACAGAUACAUCUUUGUCACCUGAUCAGCAUUACCUUAUUCGUGUUAAUUUCAACUGGUACUUUUCUGCAUUUCAUACCAUGCCCAAGUUUGUGCAAAUCUUGUACUUCUUGCCUUUCUUCAGAGUAGCUUCAGAUAUUUUUUCUGGGAUGGUUAUAUCAUUGCUUUGGUCUAUGCUUGUAUGUCACCCGUCACCUGUCGUACAUAUUGUUAAUGUUGGAUCUCCUGAAACAGAAUCACUUGCAAACAUUAUGGUAACUGGAAAUUCACGAUGGUUUGGAUUUUCUGGUGAUAAAGAUGGUGAUAAGUUUGGGAUUUUCUCUGUAAAAUUUUCAAAUGAUGGGAGAGAGCUUGUAGCUGCAAGUAGCAACAAUUCCAUAUAUGUUUAUGAUCUUGAGGCGAAGAAACUGUCCCUCCAAAUUAAAGCACACAUGUCUGAUGUCAACACAGUAUGCUUUGCGGAUGAAUCUGGCCUUCUCAUAUAUUCUGGAAGUGAUGAUAAUCUUUGUAAGGUGUGGGACAGGCGCUGCUUUAUCACAAAAGGAUAG